AAUCAAUCCUCAUACAUGAUUCAGCUCAGCUGGACAAAAACAAUGGUAACAUUCUAGAACUUGUCAUUAUCAGAGAAAGUAAAGAAAUCGAUCACCAAAAUGUACAGUUUUGAGGGAGAUUUUCGAAGAAAACCAGUUCAAUCUUUGAGAGGUGCCAGCAAAAAGGAGCUGACAGAUUCAUUACUCACAAGGACAAAAGUAGAAAGGGAGAAGAGAGAGGAAAUAAGGCAAAGGAACAGUUCUUCUGUGAAAAUCCAGUCAGCUUAUCGAGGCCACAUUGAAAGAAAAAGACAGAGGGAGGUCCUUAGACAUGAGUAUGAUCAGCUGAUGACCAGGAAAAUCACAGACUCAGUAGUUCUGUUUGAUGCCAUCAGGAGAUUAUGUUAUUUCUACAGGACAGAGUUUGAAAAAGAUCAAGACAGGCUGAUUCAGCUCUGCCAGGUGGUUAUCAAGCAGACAGAGUUGGUGAAAUCUCGAGUGACACAAGGAGGGGAGUCUGGUGUUUUCCUUCUACAACAUCUUCUCCUUCUCUGUCUGAAGAAUCUGCAAAAAGUGACAGACUCACGAUCUUGGGGUCCUCCUAUUAGGGUUUUGGAAAUCUUCACAUCUGUAGAUACCUAUAAAGAAAAUAGAGAUAUUAUUGGCAAAAUAUGGCUAUUUUUGAUCAAAAAAGAGUAUUUUGGAUCUAUGAGGCAUGUGUUGGAAGUAAAGGUACCACAGAGUUUGGAGAAGUCCCCCCACCCUCCCACCCCACAGGCAGAUAGCAUUUUUAAGAUGAUUUUAAGCCCAAUUCAGUUUGCAGUUAUGUCCAAAGAUAAAGAAUUUUGUGAUUUAGUAUUGAGCAGCAUUUGUUAUUACCUGUUCUGCCCAGCAUACUCGGAACAGGUGGAACAAUUCCUGAUCCCUGCUAUGGUGUACAGUAAAUUUCCAUUUCCUUUUGUGGAGCUGAUUCAGACCCUGAUUCAACAAACGUCAGCUUCCUGUUCAGAAAACUUCAACACAAAGCCGUCACUCGUUCUAACACCAUCUCCCUGGCUACUGGGCUCUGUCAUAGCCUUCGCUGACAAAAAUAUUGAGAAUUUGAGUGUAAGUGAUGCUGUAGACUUUCUACUGGUAUUGAGAACUUUGUUGCCACAUCUGCCAGCUGGAGUGUUUAUGUCCAGUAGUGACAGCGAUACUGACAGCAGUGAUGAGGAGGAGUCAGUGGAUAUGAUAUCCAAGGAACUCCAUGAAGUGGCAACAGAGUGUGUAACUUUCCUGAAUUCUCAGAAGUUUGUGCGGUGUGUGGUAGAGUGUCUGAACCGUAGAAUGGACCGUGACCUUGUCUCCUCUGUCUGUCUUAUAUGUCACUCCCUCAUGUCACAACAACACCUCUCCAUUCAUAAACUUAGGUUAUUGUAUAGUUUAGCCUUUAACAUGAAAUUCAUGAAGUUGUUAUGGAUAACUUGUACUCAUGUGUCCAACACAACAGUAACAGGGUCACAGAUCACGCUGUUGCAGACCCUGUCCCGAGGCUUGGAGAUGUCAGACGAUGACAUGCAGAGAAUCGUACCUCUACUCUCUGUUUUCUGUUCUAUGUUUAGCCAUUCUCUAUACACACUUCAUGAUGCUGAUUUCUAUGGAGACAUGAAAAGCAGCAAAGAUAGCAGCAUGCCAUUCUCCUUAAAGGAACUUGUUCCUAUGGUUCUAAUGCUGAGGGACACAUGUCUAGGAAUCAUAGAGCUGGCCCACCCUGGGACACGCCCAUCUGUGACAGAGGAUUACAGAGAGGCACUCCGUAGGACUGCCAUGAAGGACCCCAGGGACUUAUCAUAUCACAAUAAAGAGACCCCCUACAGGCAUACCAAGACUUGGGCUUAUUUAUUCAAGGUUAUAGCUACUUUAGUAAGACAGUUAUACACAAGAGAUUCUAGGAGAAGAUUUUGUCCUAUAAAUGCUUGGCUCUCGGAGAGAGUGCAGAUACAUGCUGAUAAGCCUUCUCAAAUGUACAGAGCCAGGGGGUCUGUUUUCUGUCGACGCCCGUUUGGCACAAUGAGACACCUCACUAAAGUACAGAUAGAUGAUGAUGGUCCUCCUUUAUCAAACACAGAUGUAAAGAACUUGGUCAUUCUAACUGAGCUUCCAUUUGUGGUGUCAUUUGAGGAGCGAGUCAAGAUUUUGCAGAAGCUGAUACAGAAUGACAGGGAGGAGAACCAGGGCGAUGCCCACAACUUUUUAACUGGUCCCUCUAUUAAUGUCUCCAUCAGGAGGAACUAUAUCUAUGAGGAUGCCUAUGAUAAACUCUCACCAGAAAAUGAACCAAACUUAAAGCUGAAAAUGAGAGUCCAGCUGAUGAAUGCAGCAGGAUUGGAUGAAGCUGGUAUCGAUGGAGGGGGUAUAUUCCGAGAAUUUCUGUCUGAGCUCCUGAAAACUGGAUUUGAUCCAAACAGAGGCUUGUUCCUAAUGACAACAGACAGAUUACUUUACCCAAACCCCCAAUCUGUAUCCCUCAUGGAUAACUACACCAAACACUAUUACUUCCUAGGCCGUAUGUUGGGCAAGGCUAUCUAUGAGAACAUGCUGGUAGAGAUCCCAUUUGCUACAUUCUUUUUAUCAAAGAUACUAAGUAGACAUGGAGGAGACCUAGAUAUUCAUCAUUUAGCAUCACUAGAUCCAGAAAUGUACAAAAACUUGCUGUCACUUAAGACCCUGAAUGGGAAAGAAGUAGAGGAUCUAGGCUUAGACUUCACCACCCUGAAUGACAAUUUUGGAGAAAAAAAGGUAGUGGAGCUAAAGCCAGGGGGAAGAAAUAUAGUUGUCACUGAUGCUAAUAAAAUAGAGUACAUCCAUCUUAUGGCAGAUUACAAAAUCAACAAACAGAUCAGAACACACUGUACUGCUUUCCGUCAGGGUAUGGCUGACCUCAUUAACCUGGAGUGGUUACGAAUGUUUGACCACCACGAGCUCCAGACAUUGAUAUCUGGUGCUAUGGUUCCUGUGAAUAUUGAGGAUCUGAAGCAACACACACAUUACUCAGGAGGCUAUACAGGGAGUCACCCAGUCAUUCAGAACUUUUGGGAGGUGGUGGAAAAUUUCACAGACACACAGAAACGUCAGUUACUGAAAUUUGUAACAAGCUGCUCACGUCCACCCCUGCUGGGGUUUAAGGACCUGUACCCAGCAUUCUGUGUUCACUUUGGAGGGAGUGAAGAGGACAGGCUUCCGACAGCCAGUACUUGUAUGAAUCUUCUCAAGCUUCCAGAAUUCCAUGACAAAGAGACACUCAGAACCAAACUGGCUUACGCUAUAGAAUCAGGAGCUGGGUUUGAACUGAGUUGAUCAUCAGUCUAUAGACUAAAAUUGUUAUAAACUGUGAUUUAUUGAAAGCAUUGUUCUUGACUUUUAAUCAAAUUAUUAUUUCUUGUUAAUUCUAAUUCAAUAAUGAACUUUUUUGUGUAUGAGGUGAGAUAUUGAUAUACAUGUACAAUACAUGUAAACAGAUUGUACAAGUCAAGUGUAGAUGAUGGACUAUGUAUAUAUGAAAUUCUGAAGAUGUUUUAAAGGCAAUAGAUUUUUUUUACCGUUA